AGUUCGGAAACAAGCGGUCAGUUGUUGUGUUCUAACAUAAACUUCACUGCUGAACUGAUGUCGUGUUUUGAUGCUCUAAGUUUAAACCUUAUUCCGUCUGGAGGCUGGGGAAACAGCUAAGGACAUGAGAGAAGCUCAUGAUAUUCAAACGGAGCAAUUCGUCUGAAAGGCUCUCAUUCCGGAGCAAGCACCUUUUUGUUUUCGUUUUGGCAUCGUCAGCAUUUUUAACAUAUAUUCUUUACAGGAACGCUCACUGGAAUAGCCACACAGUAAAGUUCACUCCCUUGGAUGGCUUGAAAAAUAGGAACAACCACUCGAUCUCAACGCGUGAGAGGUCAGGGGCAACGAAACGACCACUUCGACAAUCGAAUCAUUUCGAACACGUGGUAUUAGGAGUGUCGUCGGAUUUCAAAACAAAAUUAAAUCCGACCAGUACUUCAGAUGAAUUGAGAAAAAUUCCAUCUAAGCUCUUGCAAGAAAGAAUCAAGCAUCGAACUCCGGAAGACUCUGGAUCCCGCGGUCAGCUUAACUCUCGCAACAAGUACUCUAGCAACGUAAACGGUGUUGACAAGAGCUUGAAUUAUUCCUCAACUCAGGGCGAUCGGAAACAUUUGUUGAAUUUUAGGAGUCAAAGUGAAGAUAAAGAAGAUAGCGGCGUUUCUGAGUUUCAGCUUGAAGAUGGAGAAUUUAAGAAACGACUGCCGAAUGCUAUCAUAAUAGGGGUGAAGAAGGGAGGAACACGCGCGCUGCUUGAAAUCUUAAAGAUUCAUCCGAGUAUCAGAGCAUGUAGCAAUGAGGUGCAUUUCUUUGAUCGCGAUGAAAAUUACGAACAAGGACUCAACUGGUAUCGAGAACAAAUGCCCGAGUCAGUGCUCGGGCAAGUUACAAUUGAAAAAUCUCCAAGUUACUUUAUAACUUCGAAGGUACCUGAGAGAGUGUAUCGAAUGUCUAAAACUGUUAAACUCAUUGUGAUUGUUCGCGACCCCACAACACGAGCGAUAUCGGAUUAUACCCAGGGUGUAGAGCGAAAACCCGAUAACCCACGCUUUGAAGAAGUGGUUUUUAACGACGCAGGCGAGGUGGACGAAAAUUGGAGCAAAAUCUCCAUUGGCCGUUAUGCCGAGCACUUAGCGAAGUGGAUGGAAUAUUUCCCCUUGAAGCAACUGCAUUUUGUUAGCGGAGAGGAACUUGUCAAAAGACCCGCGAAAGAAUUGAAACUCGUCGAACGAUUUCUCGAUAUAAAACCCUUCAUCAGGGAGGAUAAUUUUUACUUCAACGAAAGUAAAGGAUUUCCAUGUUUUGUCGGUAAAAUUUCAAACACUGGGACCGUGAACAAAGCGCAUUGCAUGGGCGAAUCGAAAGGAAGAAAACAUCCCGCUGUAAAAGAAGACGUUUUGCAAAAGUUGCGGGAAUAUUUUGAUCCAUUUAAUAAAAAGUUGUAUUCAAUGGUGCAUCGAAACUUUCGCUGGUAAGCGACUACAACAGAGAAUUUCAAAAUCUGCAUAGGCCUAUUGAUGUUGAAUAUUGUUUGCUUUGCGACUGAUUCAAUCAUUCCAUCUACACCAAACACAAACAUUUUAGAUGGAUUAGACACGAGAAUCCAUACUUUAAAUUAUGAGACUAAACAAUUAAUCAUCGCACGGAGUUACGACAGAAACAAAACAAUUUUCCAUUCGAAAACUACGUACGCGUGCUGUUCUUAAUCGAACUUGGCUAGCUGGCGUAUUUAUUUAUUCAUCUAAUUAAUAUUUAUUCUCUCGGGAGGUCUACGAUGAAGCCUAAUUGUGGGCUACAGUCGUCAAAAUAUUUUGCAAAUAUGACAUUCAAGUAAGUGGGCAGAUGUCUAGGAAAGAUUUCCGUAUAACCCCGUACCAUUCAGAAACAAAGCCGUAAUCCCAAAGGUAAUCUGUUGUUUUGCCUCAGCUUUCUUGUAUCCAAGAAUUGUAUGCAUAAUGAAGUUUGGGUUUAUACGGAAAUCUUGCCAAAUACUUUUGGUUUAGUCCUAUUUUGAAGUUUAUCUUUAACCGGAAGUUGUGUAAAAUUGUUUAAGAUAGCACUGUCCUCGCUGGACAUAAGACAUCACAUCUGUUGUUUGAAAUAAUUCAAAACUGUUGUCAUUAUUUCUUUUAAGUCCAACUGAAUUUUUCCAAGGAUAAAGCAGUUACAGGCUCUGAGAUAUACCCACAGAUUGCCCAAUUCUAAGACAUUUGAUUAAAUUUAAUGGUAAAUUUGUAGCACAUAUUACUAAAUCUACACAGGGGAGUAAAGUCCCUUGUUGUCAUUGAUCCUCUCGCAAACAAUUUUACUUUUAGAAUUUAGCAUAUCCACUCAGGUACAAUUAUCAGCUAUGUGCCUUGCAAUUUAGCAGCGGAAUUUCAACAGUUAAGAAAUCAGAAAAAUGUUUACUAUGCUGGGCCUUGUCCUUCUUCCAAAGAAGUGGCCAGUAUCAGAGAUAACAGAUAUUGUACAUCGACAAAUAUAUUUGACAAAAUUUAAA